CAAAAUGUACCAGCAUAACAUCGACUGACCGGUAGGAAAGUUUCAGUUGCGUCCGAGAUGAUCACUAUUUUACUAACUCGUAAUGUAACAUGAUUUGAUUUACAUACGCGCAAUGAUUCGUCCAUGGAGUUUGCUAACGAUUUUUAGUUUGGUGUACCACGCGGAAUCGAAAUGUUCUCCGACCUCUUACUAUAAAAACUGUUGGAUACGUCGGUUCCCUGGGAUUUUUAUCGAUAUUGAAGAAUCCCAACGGAGAGGAGCGCAACUUUUGAAGUAUUACCAAGAGGAGACAGCUUUAAAAUGCAGCCGAACAUGUUGCCUCACAAGAAACUUUUCCUGUAAUCUGGCUAUAUUCCACUAUGACACCAUCCAGGAGAAUGUGAACUGCUAUCACAUGCACUGUCCUACACUGGAAAGCUGCAUUCUUAGUCACAGAGGAAACGUUGUACUUUAUAACGUCACUAAAGGUGUGGACCCUGACUUGCUGGUUUUUGGGAAGUACUUCACCUCUAAUGUGCGGGUGUUACCCCACCUCUACACCAGAGGCAACGCCUCAGAGCCCCUCGCCUCAGACAAGCGCCAGUUCAACCGCCCACCCCCACCUCCACCCCAGUCUUUAACCUCGGCAUCGACCCUGAGGGCCACCCCCAUCACUUCACCCACUCCAACCUCUACCCCCUCCAGUACCCCCUCCAGUACCUCCUCCACUCCAACCUCCACCCCCGCCACUCCAACCUCCACUCCAACCUCCACCCCCGCCACUCCAACCUCCACCCCCACCACUCCAACCUCCACCCCCACCACUCCAACCUCCACUCCAACCUCCACCCCCACCACUCCAACCUCCACCCCCGCCACUCCAACCUCCACUCCAACCUCCACCCCCACCACUCCAACCUCCACUCCAACCUCCACCCCCGCCACUCCAACCUCCAUCACCGACAGGACCACCACCAUCACCUCCACCCACGCCACUCCAACCUACAUCACCUCCAUGCCAACCCCUACCCCCUCCAGUACCCCCUCCAACCCUUCCACUCCAACCUCUACCCCCUCCAGUACCCCCUCCAGCAAACAGCACCCCAACGACACCAAGGGUUACCUGGGCGUCACAGCUGGGGGCGAGGGGACCCUGGGGGCCGGCGGAGAGGAGGAGGCCCAGGGAGGGGGCCCGGGCCCCCCGUGGCACCUGGCGGCGCACACCCUGCUGGUUGCCGUGGCGACCUGUGUGACGGUGUUGCUGGGCUGCUGCUGCUCUCUGCUGGUGGUGGUGAGCUGGCGGGGGCGACGGAGGAGGAAGGGGUGCUACCGGACGGUCUGGAGGGGCAGGGGGGGGUCCAUGCGCCUCGUCAAAUACGUCAUUGUCAGGGAGAGCUCGUGA